AGUACUUAGUAUUUUCUGGAAAUCAAAAAAUAUUAUUCUAUAUUAUCUAUCUCCGUAUUUAGUCUACAUUUUUAAGUCACUUUUUUAUGGUAAAGUCAAAGUGUAUCUUGUGGGUCAGUUUAUAGAGUUGUAAAUUUGUGAUUGUGAAUGAACUGAUAAGACUGAAUAAAAUUGGUUUGGUUGGUUGGAUGAAGGCAGACGAGUCUUACAAAACAAUGUCUACCGAAAUUCGUUAAGACCCCUUAUGGUACUUCAACAAUGUCCUUCUAACUUUAUUAUUGGGUGAUGUUUAUUUUCUAUUGAAACCAUGUGGAAGUAUGUGACUCGACGCAUCCGAGAUGCUUUAGAGAAGAGUGUAAACCAUUUUGAUAAACGUAGUUCUACAGGAGUCGUAAAUUCAGCUGGUAGCACCCUUUCAGAGGAGCAGAACAAACGCAUAGGAGCACCGUCUUGCUGGCAAAAUCCACGCAAAUGUUGGAAAUCAUUUUGUAACGAUAACGAUACUAAAAGCAAAAAAUGGAACUUUGAUGAUCUAAAUCGCACUUGGAUAGGUGCCAUAACAUGGAGUAGUGCUUUGGUUGUUGGUUGGUACACUAGCCAACUUAUCCAUCUCAAACUCAAGUACAAAUGCAGAGAUGAUAAAAAGGAUUGUUAUCCGGUCAACUGUUUGCUGUCAUCACUUCACCCUUAUAUUGAUUGCAUCAGUAAGAGUGCAGUUGGAUUGAAUUCAAGUAGAAAAAUUGAGAAAGCAAUAGCAAGUGUACCAAUACAUGUACAUUUGUUAUCAAAUGAGAACAAAACAGAUGAGAAAGCAUCAACCAGUGCUAGCAACAGUUCAACAAGCUCUGAUGAUGAACUUGGAGAGGUAUUGAACUCAAUAGAGAACAGACUGGGUUUGGCCGCCAUUGAAAAUGGACAACAUCAAGAUGGUUUAAAUUUGCUAAGAUCUGCAGCGAACCGCAAUCAUGCACCUGCUCUGUUCAAUCUGGGCUUAUGCUAUGAGAUAGGCAUGGGUGUAGCCAUUGAUGAGAAAAUGGCAAUGGAGUUGUAUCGCAUGGCAGCUACACAGCAGCAUCCCGGUGCAUUGUACAAUCUUGGGAUCUACUAUGGUCAAGGUCGAGGUGGUUUAACAAGGGACACAGCUACUGCAAAACGACUGCUGCGUCUGGCCGCCGUUCAGGGCCAGCAAGAUGCUAUUAAAGCCUUAAACGGUCUCAAUGACACUCCCGAACCUUACACUGAUAAAUGGGAAGAUUUAUAUCCUCCCAAUGAGAAUUUAGUACCAACACAUUCAGUGCUUUUCGUAGAAAACCCUAGUCGUAAUUAUAAUGUGUUAAUUUGCUAAGUUGAUUAGUUAGUAUAGGUGUUGGUUUCGCAUUUAUAAUAUUGGUUUUUAGGAAUACAAAAUAUGUAAACUAACAUUUUUUUUUGUUAUUGCUUCAUAUUUCAAAUACUUAAAAUCUUAAUCUGUAAAACAGAUUUAUUUUAUAGUUACUAGAUCUUUUUCUCUAUCUUUAGCUCAACUGAAAUAGUGGUAAACACAGUUGACAAAAAGUCCUGACUUCGAAUAUGUAAAUUUCAUUAAGUGAAUAUUCUUUUUUUU